AUGGUGCAUUCUUCUGCUUCCGAACAUCCUGGUUUGCAGCAGUGCCAUCUGGAUCAGGCCAGGGCCUUUAUUUCAUCAUGUGAAAUCAAGCAAAUCAUGAGGAUGGAGGAAGAACUGUGCACCUUAGCCCUUGCCCAAGAAGAAGCAAAUAGGACUGCGAACAAUGAAUUGCUGGGGAGUUCAGGCAGAUGUCCUGGAAUGUGGGAUAAUCUAACAUGCUGGCUGUCUUCUUCUGUUGGACAAACUGUUAAUGUGUCUUGUCCUCAAGCCUUCCAAAUGGUAACUGGACAAACAGGAUUUAUAUAUCGUAACUGCACCAGGGAAGGCUGGUCAGAAAAAUAUCCAAGGCCAUACAUUGCUUGUGGCCUGAAUACAGAGGAAAUUAAUGCCCCCCUGAUUGAGUGGGAACACAAGGUAUCGUAUCUGAUGAAGCUGGAAACUGUGUACACAGUUGGGACCGGUGUUUCUCUCGUGGCACUGACAAUUGCCCUGGGCAUUUUGUCUUCUUUCAGAAGACUUCGCUGUACAAGGAAUUAUAUCCACAUGCAGCUUUUUGUUUCAUUCAUUUUGCGGGCCAUUGCAAACUUCAUUAAAGAUCCUGUACUGUUUGAGGACACAGAUGAUGCUGUCUACUGUGAAUUACGCACGGGCAGAUGUAAGAUGGUCUUGGUCUUCAUUAACUUUUGUAUCAUGGCUAACUACAGUUGGCUUCUUGUGGAAGGGCUUUAUCUUCAUAGCCUGCUGGCCAUUUCUUUCUUCUCAGAUAGAAAAUACUUCUGGUGGUUUGUAGUUCUGGGAUGGGGUGCUCCCAACUUAUUUUUAAUUGCAUGGGUCGUAGCCAGACUGAUAUAUGAAAAUAUUGGAUGCUGGGAUACUCAUCUUACAUAUGUGCGGUGGCUCAUUCAAGGUCCUGUGGUGGUCUCUAUUGUUAUCAAUUUUAUUCUAUUUGUUAAUAUUGUAAGAAUUUUGAUGAGCAAACUUCGAUGGCCAGAUGGAAGAGGCAAGGAUUCUAGUCAAUACAAGAGACUUGCUAAAUCCACACUUGUCCUCAUCCCUCUCUUUGGAGUCCAUUACAUCAUCUUUGCCUUUUUCCCUUUUGAUACUGCAAAUGGCACCAUGGAGAUCCAGGCUCUGUUUGAAAAAGCCAUAGGAUCUUUUCAGGGCUUUGCUGUGGCUGUGCUUUACUGUUUCCUUAAUGGUGAGGUCCAGCAGGAGAUUAACAGAAAGUGGCAGCAGUGGCACUUAAAGAAACGUGUCAUUUCACAGAAGCACCACAGCUGUUCGUUUCAUAAUGAAGUCAGUGGAUUCACUCAGGUGCUGCAACUGCUGAAGCCCAGCCCUCAAGAGGAAAGGAGGCUCUCUGUCCCCAAUAGUAACUUGCAGUAAGUCUCCAGCAAGCACAGAGAAGACUAAAGUCAUUAGCAUUCUUCAAGGUUCCAGAUCCGCUCCCCCUCCCCAAUACCAAAACCCAUGGCUGUUUAAGUCCCAUUGUAUACAAUGGUGUAAUAAAGGAGUGAAUAAAUGAAAAGAGUGCUGGAGAGAACCUGAGAAUCUGAAAGGACAGGAGGCUACAGCAAAGUAUGUCUACAUAUCACAGACAAUGUUAGACAUGUAGUAAAAUUAAGAUUUGCUUUUUGGAACAUUUUUUCUGAAUAUUUUUGAACCUUGGCUGCUUGAAUCUUGGAUGCAGAAGCCAUGGAUGUGGAGGGUCAACUGUAACUGCUCACUCAGAAGUUACUGGAAAGCCCAGCCUUACUUCUGUGGAUGUGGUGCUUGUGCACCUGGAAGUUACAUGCAAUUCUUAAAUUAAUUCUGCUUAGAGUCUAGCUUGGGAGACAUCUUGAAUUUUGUUAACAGCAAAGGCUUUUAGCAAGGAGCAUGAAGAUUUCCUAAAUGAUGGAAAAGUAUCUUCUUCCUAUUGUCUUGUUUUUUUUUUUCUUGUUCUUUGUGAGUCCACCACUUUAAAAUUUAAUUUCCUUCCUUGCAGAUAGUCUUAAGUGCUGGAUUAAAAGGGUUUUAAAUGGUUUGGGGCUGUUGAAUAUCAUGCUGAAUAUCAGUGUUUUGGGGCCAGACAUGACUCUCGAGCAGCAAAUGAUCCUUGGGGAGGUGUUGUGUUGUCUGCAGACAUUAUGAGCUUCCUGUUGAACAGUGACAACAAGAACAACAAAUAUCUCUCUAGAACAACAGCACUGUACCUGUAAUCAACUACAAGGGCCAACUACACACGGUGAUCAGCACUAGAACCUUGGGAUCUUAGAAAAUCAGCUAGCAGUGUUUCCAGGCAAAUUUUCAACCAGUUUACCUUAUUGAAAAGAUUGUGAUUAUUUUGGACAUUGCAACUGGUGUUUAUUGCUGUAUGAUAGGAAGGCUAAGUUACUGUAACAUAGUCUGGGAAGGCCUGCCUUGAUGCUUAUUCAGUCUUGCCCAAGAAGAGAGUUGGGUUUUCUGAAGAAUGCAGUAUUUGAUUUUCAUCUUCCCCGCCGAUUUCCUACUGCUUUGUGGUCUGUAUUCAAGAUGAUGCUCUUGACAUAAAAAACCUUGGAUGGGUAAAAUGUGGCUUUCCAAAUUUUGUUGGACUACGUCUCCCAUAAUCUCAGACUGAUGCUGCCUGGUCUGACAUAAGUCAGAAUCCAACUCAUCAUUUUUUCUUUACAUUGUCCUCCCUAUGUCUCUUGUUCAGCUCAGACAAUACAGUCUCUGGGCCAAAUUAGAAGAAUAAGUUGAGGGAAAGUGUUUGUGAGAGUUAUCCAAUUACUAUAAAAUGUUCUUCCUUGGUAGUCUCACCAAAAUGCGAGCUAUUUUGGGUAUGUUGCAAAACCUAUUUCAAGCUGAUGCAUAGUAUUAAUGUAUGUUUUGCUUUAUGCUUAUUGCAGUACGUCUGUAUGUUAUUACGCAAAUAAGUAAAUAAACAUGGCUAAGCCCAUUG